AUGGGCGCAAAUCAGUCAUCAGAUGCGGGCGGUAGCAGUCAAUCUGGGGGCUGUGGGCGGGGAGCCGCUGGUGGGGUGAAAGCUUGCUACUAUGAACUUCUUGGGAUCGAUCGUCAAGCUUCUGAGGAUGAGAUCAAGAAAGCGUACCGCAAAAAGGCCUUGGAGCUCCAUCCAGAUCGCAACUAUGGGAACGUCGAGGCAACCACAAAACAGUUCGCAGAUGUGCAGUCAGCCUAUGAGGUUCUAUCAGACCCGCAAGAAAGGGCGUGGUACGACUCACAUCGAGAUGCAAUAUUGCGUAACGAAGACGAGGUAUCCGGGGAGCGUUAUGAAUACAAUGUCCGGAUCACAACAGCCGAUGAUAUACUUGGGAUGUUCACAAAUUUUCGUGGGAAAUUAGAUUUCACAGACUCAGAUACGGGUUUCUACACUGCCCUCAGACGGGCUUUUGAUACUCUUGCAAGGGAGGAGGAGCUGGCCUGUGAAUGGGAGGGGCUUGAUCCUAUCACAUAUCCUUCCUUCGGCCACGCAGACGACGUCUACGAUGACGUUGUCAGGCCAUUCUAUGUUGCAUGGAACGAUUUUGCGACUAAAAAGAGCUUCUCUUGGGAGGACGUCUAUCGUUACUCCGAAGCCCCAGAUCGACGGGUAAGACGGAUGAUGGAAAAAGAAAACAAGCGCUUUCGAGAGGAAGGUAUUCGAAAUUUCAACGACGCGGUUCGAUCACUCGUAGCGUUCGUGAAAAAGCGUGACCCCAGAUUCAGGUCCAAUACACAAAGUGAAGCCGGAAGGCAGAAGUUGUUGAGGGACACUGCUGUCGCUCAAGCAGCUAGAUCAAGGGCAGCUAAUCAAGCAAAAUACGCGCAACAGGAACCCAUGCCAGGAUGGAUGAAAUCCAGCGAGUCUCAAGAGCCCGAGGAUUCUGUCGAGUCUGAUGAGGCCGCCGAGGAGCAAUUUGAGUGCGUGGUGUGCAAGAAGAGCUUCAAGAGUGAGAAACAGUACGAAGCUCACGAGAAAAGCAGAAAGCACGUCAGGGCCGUGCAGCAUCUCAGAAGGCAGAUGCAGCAGGAAGGUAGGGAUCUUCACCUCGAGGAGCUAGAUGAGACGAGUACACAACAGCCAGACGCCAGUAAUGUCAUGGAGUCUGAAGAGGCUGAUGUGGUGCCUGAUGCGGAGGCCGCGGUCGAGCAGAGGGAUGACCUUAAUCUCUUGGAUGGGCAAUCCGACCAGCAGUCCGACGUAGAAAGGCUGGACGGUUCCAAAGCAAGCCCUCGAAAGUCUCCCGAUGACAUCUCAGGUCUAAUCGCAGUCGACGACCCGCCGGGAAGCUCUUCAGAUGACGAGUACACAACACGUGAAAGAUUAGAGAAGCGUAUUCUCGGUGGUCCAGAGGAGGCAAUUCACGAAGACAUCGAUCAUUUAUCCGAAACCCUGGCUUCGAAGUCGCUGAACCAAGACAGUGAUGCGAGUGCGCAGCCGAGGAUAGGCAAGGCUAAGGAGAAGCGAGCUAAGAAAGCUGCUCAGAAGUCGACAGCAAAUGCAGGACCCGAAGCAGGUUUCAAGUGUGCCUCCUGUCAAGCUGGGUUCCCCUCAAAGACAAGGCUGUUCAAUCACAUUAAAGACCUUGGUCACGCACAGCCUGUUUCUAAGCCUGUAAAGGGAGGGAAGGGAAAGAAGCGAUGA